AUAAUUUAAAAAAAUUAUUUAACGAGUUCGGAGCAUGAAAUUAACAAUAAAAAAUGAAGCUUCAGAACAAUAAAUACCUUAGAAAAUAUAGUUUUCAUUUAUUAUUGUUUUCAUUGAUUAUAUUUUAAUUAAUAAAAAUUCAAUAUACCGCAGAGCGAGCCUUAAUAGUAUCGUUUUCUGCUAACUGUUCUCACAACGAAGGGAGGGUUACAUACGUUUACAUCGCAUCAAAGGAGAACAGUUGUUAAUUAAAAAUGAACAGUAAGAAAGUGAAAAAGUAUUGUUCUGUGCCAGGUUGUAAAAUAACCGACAACAAUACAAUAGUGCAUAGGCUACCCUUAGACCCCGGUAUGGCAUAUAAAUGGUCAGUUGCAAUCGGAGUUAAAAAACUAACCCCGUGGUUGACAGUUUGUGGUCAACACUUCAACAGUAGUGAUUAUAAAACUAGUGCUCAAAAAAAAUUAAGAAGUACAGCUGUUCCUACCUUAAAUCUCCCUGAUAAACUUUUGACUGAAGUCAAAAAAGAUAAAAAUUUAGCUGUCAAACGCCAAAACCGAUUAGAAGAAAGGAAUGCCAAAAAAAUAGUGUUAGGCAAUAGCUUACCAGAUAAUGUACUUAAUCAAGAAAAUAAUGAACUGAACCAAGACGUACAGUAUCCAAACUUAUCAGAUGAUUUAGCAGCAACAUAUAAUGAAAAUUUGGAAAAUGAUAAUUUCAUAGACAACUUGGAAGUUUGCCCUCUGUUAGCUAAUACUACUCAGGACAAUCUAGAGGUUCGUCUCCCACUGGUCAAUACUACUCAGCAUAAUAUUAUGAAGAACACUGAAACUUGUAAUAAUUGUAAGUGUAAUGAUAAAAGUGGAGUGACUAAUCGAGUGAUGAAAAUCGAUAAGAGUGUGCAAGUGAAUUCAAGUUUUCUUUUGGAUUAUUUGAAUACUGAUGCCAAACUAAGUGCAUUCACUGGAUUAACAUCUCACAGUCUUCUUACAACAUUAGAAACUUGCAUAAGGAAAUUAAGAGAACAUUACCAAAACAAGACACGCAUUUCCAUCAAAGAUAAUAUAGUUCUAGUGUUCAUUAAAUUAAAACAAAAUAUGACUUUCGUUGCACUAAGUGCUUUAUUUAAAAUAUCCAGUGCAGUGUGUAAAAAAUAUUUUGUUUGGUGUUUACAUGAAUUACAUGCUGUACUAAAAACAUUAGUGAGAUGGCCUGGAAGGGAAGAAAUUUUGCAAAAUAUGCCAAAAUGUUUUAAAAAGUAUACAAAUACAAGAGUUAUAUUAGAUUGCAUGGAAAUAAGAAUAAAGCAAUCCAAGUGUCUAAAGUGUAGAAUUCAAACUUAUUCUAAUUAUAAAUCAUGCCACACAGUGAAAGUAAUGUUGGGUGUUACACCAUCUGGUAUGAUUUCAUUUGUUAGCAAAUGUUAUGGAGGUCGAGUGUCUGAUAAAAUGAUAUUCAAUAAAUCACAUUUAAUGGACAGAAUGAAGAGAGGAGUCGAUGCAAUUAUGGUUGACAAAGGCUUCCUAAUUGACCGAGAAUGUGCUGAAAAUGAUGUUAAAUUAAUAAGACCUCCAUUUUUGAAAAAGAACCGUCAAUUUACUAAUGAAGAAGCGAAUAUGAAUGCUGCUGUAGCUGCUGCCAGGGUUCAUGUUGAACGCAGGAUUCAAAGAAUUAGACAAUAUGAUAUUUCAACAGGACCUUUGAAUACUCAACUAGUUCCAUACAUUAAUCUUAUUUUAAAAGUGAUAUGUGGAAUAACCAAUUUAUAUGCACCAAUUUUGGCAAUGAAUAAAUUCAUAGGACAUGAUUAAUUGUGAAAUACUAUUUUUAUAUUCAAAUAUAAUUAUAUUUUUAUUAAUAAUAAAA